AUGGCGAGAACAGCUGAAGCGUCAAAGGAACAGAUUAAAGUCAUGAAUGCUAGGGUGCAGUUGAGUGAAGCAAAUCAGUCGGUAAAUGUUCUUCGAUAUGGCGCUAAUCAAGGAAAAGAGCAGAUAGGUAGCCACCGUGAAAAAACAAAGGCCGAAAAGUGUGGAUUUUGUGGUAUGGUUCACACAUUAAGAUAUUGUCCAGCAUUUGGCAAAACAUGCAACUAUUGUAAGAAGACAGGACAUUUUGAGCGUGUGUGUCAAGUGAAGCAACAACAAUGUGACUCUAGACCGAGAGAAGUGAACAUUUUAGAGGAAUUCGAUGAUGGCGAAGUUAGCGAUGAUGAUUUAUUGACAUUUUCAGUAGAAUCAAAUAACGAAGGCGGCUCAAAGAAUGACUGGCAUGUCCAGCUUAAGUUUGGAAAAACGGAUUUGAAUUCAAAUCAGAUACAGGGGCUGAUUGUAAUGUGAUGUUGCAAUCAUCGUUUGAGCAAUUGUCAUUAACAAAUACAAGAAUUUUCAAAAAUGAAAGCAAGUUGAAGAUGUUGGAUGGCUGUAAGAUAACUCCGAAAGGAAAAGUCAGCUUAGAGUGCGAGUAUAAAGGCAAAUUACCGUGUUAGACUUUGUACUAGUUGAACAAGAUCUAUCAUCGAUUUUAGGAUUAAAAUCCUGUCUAGAACUCGGGUUGGUAAAUCGAGUUUAUAGCUUGGAAGUGGACUCACCGAAGAUCGAAACAGAAUUCAGUGACGUUUUCGAAGGUCUGGGAGGGAUUAAAGAUGUUCAGUACCAGAUUAAGAUUGAUCCGGUGUCCAUUCCAGUGGUGCAUCCUCCUCAAAGAGUUCCUAUGGCACUUCGAAAGCCACUAGAAGAAGAGUUGCGUCGAAUGGAGUAG